GCAUUUUAACCGCAUCCAUAUGUUUCAAGACUGAAUGUGGGAAAUAAAGCGGUGCUGCUAACUAACAUUGCACAGCUGUUGCCAGCGAUCGCAGCACCUCGGCUGCAGGAAAACAGAACUGCCGCUGGGUUCUCAACACUUUACAGAAAGGGCUUUUUACACCGAACGAUUUCCCUGCUGGCUUCUUUUUUCGGGGCGUCAUCCGACGACCAUGUCCCCGUCCAAAUAGUCGUGGUUGGAGGUCGAGGAUGGCCGCGGACGUGGAUAAAACGCCCCCCGGGAAUGAGAGCAAUUCGUCACGGCGGGGUGGGCGCCGGAGCCCGGGCCGCGGAUCCUGGGUCUCCCGCGGGGUCUGGACGCUGCUCGUGGUCGCCGCUGUCCCGCUCCUCGCCUACGGGAUCAAACAUUACCAGGAUGCCCAGCUCCUCCAACGUCAUGAGGAGAGUGUUCGAACCCUGGGUGCAGAGGGGCUCUUUCUUUUCUCCUCCUUGGACACCAACCACGACCUUUAUCUCAGCGCAGAGGAGUUUAAACCUAUUGUUGAGAAGCUCACAGGAAUUACACCCCCGGUAGAUUUUGAAGAGGAAGAGAUCUAUGACCCCGAUGGAGAAACUUUGACCGUGGAGGCCAAAAUGCAGCCUCUGCAGCUGGACUCCAUGACGAAAAGCAAAGAUGGAUUCCUUGGGGUGUCUCACAGCUCUCUGAGCGGGCUGCGCUCAUGGAAGAGUCCGGCGGUGCCCUUUUCCUCCUUCUCUGCCGGCCAGUUUAGGGCCCUGCUGCCCCCGAAGAACAAGGUGGAAGUGGGCGACACGUGGUGGGUCAUUCCGAGCGAGCUCAACAUCUUCACCGGGUACCUGCCCAACAAUCGUUACCACCCUCCCUCACCAAAGGGCAAAGAGGUUCUCAUCCACUCCUUGUUGAGUAUGUUCCACCCGCGGCCCUUCAUCAAAUCACGUUUUGCUCCUCAGGGCGCCGUCGCCUGCAUUCGAGCCAGCAGCGACUUUUAUUAUGACAUUGUGUUCAGGAUUCACGCAGAAUUUCAGCUCAACGAUGUCCCGGACUUCCCCUUCUGGUUCACUCCCGGGAAGUUCACGGGCAACGUCGUUCUUUCUAAAGAUGCAUCUCACGUCCGUAGCUUUCACCUCUACGUCCCCAACGACAGGUCUCUGAAUGUGGACAUGGAGUGGCUGUACGGGGCCAGUGAGAGCAGCAACAUGGAGGUGGACAUCGGAUAUCUGCCACAGUUGGAGCUGCAGUCCACGGGCCCGUCCACUCCCUCCGUCAUCGUGGAUGAGAAGGGCGACGUCAUCGACAGGCGGGAGGGCGGAGGUGAGCCCAUCCAGUUCGUCUUUGAGGACAUCCGCUGGAGCUCAGAGACGAGUCGGCAAGAAGCCGACCGGCGCCUGGAGGUCGCCCUCUACCCCUUCAAGAAGGUGUCCUACCUGCCCUUCUCCGAAGCCUUUGAGCGCGCUGAGGCAGAGAAUAAACUGGUGCAUUCCAUUCUGCUUUGGGGGGCGUUGGACGACCAGUCCUGCUGAGGUUCGGGGCGAACUCUCCGGGAAACAGUUCUGGAAAGUUCGCCCGUCCUGGCUCUGCUCAACCAGAGCUUCAUAAGCAGCUGGUCUCUGGUCAGAGAGCUGGAGAACAUGCAGGCUGAUGAGCAGAACCUUGUGUUGAGUGAAAAGGCCCGAUUACACCUGGAGAACUACAACUUCCCAGUCGAGAUGAUGGUGGCGCUGCCCAAUGGAACUAUUAUCCACCACAUCAAUGCCAACUUCUUCCUGGACCAGACGGCCAUGAAACCAGAGGAGGAAGGCGCUCCGUUCAGCUUCUCUGGAGGGUUUGAGGACCCGUCUACAUCCACGUAUAUCAACUUCCUCAAGGAGGGGUUGGAGAGAGCCAAGGAGUACCUGGCACAGUAGCUGGUGUGAGUGCGCGAUAAGAGGCGGAGAGACCAAGCGGAAGGAAAUGAUUAUCAUUCCUCUGACCUAAUGAUCCAAGAUAAGGAAAAGCCGCCAACGGUUACAUAGAGAAGCUUUCUCAUCAGUGUCGGCAGCUGACAUGUUUUCCAUUUUCUGUCCAGUUUAUUUUUGUCCGGUGACAAACUUAACGGGGAAAUAUUGCUUCUCAAACCCAAUGAUACUGUUAAUGUAGCAUAUUUACUUCGAUACAGCAGUAAUGGGUAUGUUAACCCAUUUAGACCGGGUCCCUGAGCGUGUAGCUUAAUGCACAAAAGUCCUACAUCUCUUAUUUUACACCCAGUUUUUAAUGACUUGAGUUUGCCCACAGACGGGGAGGGAAGAGGGGCAGCCGCCGCGUUGCCUUCAGUUGUGUUUCAGCAGCUUGUGAAGACGUUGCCUGAAAUCUCUUUGGGCCGGGCGACGCCUGAUGUUAUUGCUGAGACUGCUGGAGGGAACCAAGCAACGCCGCCCCCCCACCCCGACUCAGGGGACAAAAGCAGCAGGAUAAACAUUACUGUGGCGCUCAGAAGUAUUUCAGUUUGCUUUAAGUUGAAACCAAGUGUUUAGGGUUUUUUUAGGCCGCACCAAAGAGCAUUUGAAUAUGUGCGGAAGCUCGGUGCAGCUGGAACAGCUGUCAAGGUUCGUAUUAAUACAUGUAAAGGGAACCAAACGGUUACAGGUUUCAUUCUGGAACGUAGAGCCACACAAUACUGGACAUGUGUUUUUUCCGCUUUAAGAAUUUAGUCAAAACACGUAAUAAAGGCUCAAUGUUUUAAGGAAAAAAAAGGUGACAAUCUGGAUCUAGUAUAAGCUAUUUUAUGUCUUUCUUUUGAUUCAUACAUACAAACGUUUCCUCUACAGAUCCUAAGCACAGGGAUCAACAGAAGUAAUGUUAAACAGAAACCGCAAAACUUGAUGUGUGUGAAUGGUCAUAGAUCCUCUUACACAUUGAAGCCUUUAGGGAGGAAAGUUAUUCUGUAAACUACCAGUGCCAUUUUUUUAAAAAUUAAAAUGUUUUGUACAAAAUGAA